GUGCAGUGGCAGUGUGCCUGUGCAGACAGAGGGAGCAGUGAACAGCGAUAGGGUGUUUCCACCAUGGUCAUCACUCAGGUCCCGGCUGGAAUCAGGCGCCACCUCCAGAUCCGCAGCCUCCUGGCCCGGCAGUGCCUGGCAGAGUUUCUGGGUGUGUUUGUGCUCAUGCUCCUCACCCAAGGAGCUGUGGCCCAGGCUGUCACCAGUGGAGAAACCAAAGGCAACUUCUUCACCAUGUUUCUGGCUGGCUCUCUGGCCGUUGUGAUAGCCAUCUACGUGGGUGGUAACGUCUCAGGGGCCCACCUGAAUCCAGCCUUCUCCCUGGCCAUGUGCAUCGUUGGACGCCUCCCCUGGGUCAAGCUCCCCAUUUACAUCUUAGUGCAGUUGCUGUCUGCUUUCUGUGCUUCGGGAGCCACCUAUGUUCUCUACUAUGAUGCCCUACAGAACUAUACAGGUGGGAACCUGACAGUGACUGGCCCCAAGGAAACAGCCUCCAUUUUUGCCACCUAUCCUGCCCCCUAUCUGUCCCUGAACAAUGGCUUCCUGGAUCAGGUUCUGGGCACCGGUAUGCUGAUGGUGGGGCUCUUAGCCAUCCUGGACAGACGGAACAAGGGAGUCCCUGCGGGUCUGGAGCCUGUGGUGGUGGGGAUGCUGAUCCUGGCCAUCGGGCUAUCCAUGGGUGCCAACUGUGGGUUUCCACUCAACCCUGCCCGGGACUUGGGCCCACGUCUCUUCACCUACGUGGCUGGCUGGGGUCCUGAAGUCUUCAGUGCUGGUAAUGGCUGGUGGUGGGUGCCUGUGGUGGCCCCUCUGGUGGGGGCCACCCUUGGCACAGCCACUUACCAGCUAUUGGUGGCUCUGCACCACCCUGAGGACCCAGAGCCAGCUCAGGAUCUGGUGUCUGCCCAACACAAAGCCUCAGAGUUGGAAACUCCUGCCUCAGCUCAGAUGCUGGAGUGUAAGCUAUGAUUAGGACAACCCUUACUUCACUCAUGGACCCUGGAGCCAGCCACUGACCCCGCCUGGGAGCAACAGUUAUUCUUCCUCUUUGUUAAUGUGCCAGAACCUGGGAGGCUUCUCUGUUUACCCAUUUGGCAUCCCUUCUUCCUAAACUAAGAAGGAUCCUGGACAGGGAGAAGUGGAGGAGGAUAAAGUACCAGGACUCAGGCUUCUCAUUCCCUCCUUUCGCAAAGCGGUUUUCUGACCCUCAAGGCCUCUCGUAAAGUAGUUGCUCGAAGUAGCCGCUAGAGGGUGCACACCUGGCCGCUGGAUGGGGACUGCUGCGGGCAUCUGCAGGGUGGAGGGGGCCCCCAUCCAGUGUAGGGCACAACCCUGGGGACUGCCCUCCGUAGCCUGUCCCGACUGCCGACUCCCAGCUCGCAUCGCCUCGGCGCCUCCCACUUUCACCCCCUCAGGGGCACCUCCCCGAGAGGGUGUGGGGGGGGCGUGUUAGGUGUAGGGAAGCCGCCUCCACCCAGGGGGCGUGGUGGGGGCGGAGGGAGGGCGAGAGGGCGGCGGAGCAGAGAGACAGAGAGCAAGGCGGGGAAACUGAGGCACCAUUCCUAGAAAUCUCGGUGCUGUGUCGUUCAUUCAAAGAGAGUUGAGAAACAGUGAAAUGAGCCAGGGCGAGGAGGUAAGGUGAAGGAACCGAGGGCGGACGGCUCCGAGGUGCGAAAGUCUGGGGCUGAAGGCAACCUAGCGCUAGGGAAAAUUCUGGUUGUUCACCACUUCUACAGCUCUCCUGCCGCUCCCUGCAGAGGAUGCUCGUUUUGCAGAGAAGGCAGUGUUCCUCUAUUCCCUUCUUCCGAAUUAAAAAAAAAAACAACCCUCAGAACGA